CAAAUGGUCCAAACGAGAGUCCGUAGUAGCUAUCAUGGCAGUGUUGUUAGGACUAUUCACAGGACUUUGUUUUACAGUGAUUUGUGUUAUAGUGCGGCUUCUGAUUGUGAUUCGUUCUGGAUCAAAAUGUAAACCUGGAGAGAAAGGUCCCGUCUGCGUGCUUAUCGUUGCUGGAUCAGGGGGACACACCACUGAGAUCCUGCGACUGAUGGAGAGUCUCUCUCAGUCCUACAGCCCAAGACACUAUAUAAUCGCAGACACAGACAAGAUGAGUGAAGACAAAAUACGCACCUUUGAAAACUCAAAGAAAGACACUGGUUCAAAAGGCCAGUUUACCAUCCAGAGGAUCCCUCGAAGCCGUGAGGUGCGGCAAUCCUGGAGUUCCUCUGUGAUCUCCACUCUGAACGCCCUGCUCUACGCCGUUCCUCUGGUGUUCAGGCUCAGGCCAGACAUGGUGCUGUGUAACGGCCCUGGGACCUGCGUCCCUCUGUGCGCGGCAGGACUUCUCCUGGGCCUCCUGGGAUUGAAGAGAGUCCUGCUCGUCUACGUUGAGAGCAUCUGCAGAGUGGAGAGCCUAUCCCUGUCCGGGAAGAUCCUCUAUCACAUCUCGGACUACUUCUUUGUGCAGUGGUCCACCUUGAAAGACAAAUACCCCAAAUCAAUUUACCUCGGAAGGAUAGUCUGACUCUGAAUAGACUAUCUGGGGGGACUAACCUUUUUGUUUUUACUAAUACUAUUUCAUCAUGUUACAAACGGGAACACUUUGCUCUGAUAGAUCAUGUUUAAUAGUUCGCCUGCUUGAUGGACUGUGAUGUACAUUUUUUCUACAAACUACAAUGUGAAUACUUUGGAACAUCGAGCCCUAUACAUAAUCUAUACAUAAUAUAUAGAUAAUCUAUACAUAAUAACUACAUAAUAACUAUGUAAAGCUCUUUUGGACCACUUCAAUGUGUUAUGAAAUGGUGCUUUUAUUAUAUGGUGCUGUGUACAGUGUAAAGAAAUACUAAAUGUUAUUAUUCAUACCUGAUAUGUAGCUACAGUAGAUCUGACUUGAGUGAGGUGUUGGUGUCACUACCAUUGUGAAUAAAUUACAUUACCUAA